GGAGAUGCACCAGGUGCUGAUCUCAGCUGCCUGAAGCUUUAGGUGUUCAAUUAUAUCCCAACCCCCACCCUCUUUUCAACUCAGGCAGCGAGAGGCAGUCUCCUAGCAGCCUCCUCUCCCCAUUGUGGCAUUCAGAGCUGUUAUCUGUGCUAGGAGGGAGAGACCAUUCCUUGGAUGUAGCUUCAUUCCCAGAAGAAUAGAAUUUACGUUCAUUCUCAACAAUGGGCUGUGCCACCCUCUGCUGCGUGUCCAUAGAUGAGUUAGUAUAAAAGAGAGAGUGAGAGUCUGCAUGAGCCCAGUGCUCAACCUCUCCUGGGCUCCUCGGGCAGAGGGGUUGCUGAGCUCUGACAGGCUCCUAGUCGCUCUUCUUUGCUAGUCUAAAACUGUAGUCUCUGGGCAGUCCGCACCAGGAAUUGAAUUAGAGCACAUCAUUCCUCAGUGAAUAGUCAUGAGCUGCUCCCGGUUAAACAACAGAGCUGAGAGCCACUUCCAAGCCCAAGAGGAGCAUGAGCUUGAAGCCGUGGGGAAGAAAGCCUGGGAUAAUCCGGUUUACAAUGGGUCCCCCUCUAGCUCCCUGAAGAUCCGAGCCAUCUACAACCCCAAGUCCAUCCUGGAGAACCCUUAUGAGAACAUUGAUAAGGUGGGCGACUCCCUUCCCUACCCAGAGGAAAGAAAGAAGUCUGAGGAGGUAAAGAAGAGCUCUAUCCCCAGAUGCUGCUUCUAUGUCUUCAGAGGAAUCCGAGGGCUUUGGGGUACAACCUUGACUGAAAAUACAGCUGAAAACAGAGAGCUUUAUGUAAAGACCACCCUGCGAGAGCUAUUGGUUUAUAUUGUGUUCCUGGUGGACAUCUGUUUAUUGACAUAUGGAAUGACAAGUUCAAAUGCCUAUUACUACACCAAGGUCAUGUCUGAGCUCUUUCUGCAGACCUCAUCAAGCAGUGGAGUCUCUUUUCAGUCCAUCAGUAGCAUGACUGACUUCUGGGUGUAUGGCCAAGGCCCACUACUGGAUAGUCUUUAUUGGACCAAAUGGUACAAUAAUGAGUCACUAACAAACCACCAUACCCAGUCCUACAUCUACUAUGAGAAUCUGCUGCUUGGUGUCCCACGUCUGCGCCAGCUGAAAGUGAAGAACAACUCAUGUGUUGUUCAUGAUGACUUUAAAGAGGAAAUUUCAGGAUGUUAUGAUGUGUACUCUGAGGACAAGGAAGAAAGGGUCUCCUUUGGACUCCUCAAUGGAACUGCGUGGAGGUACCAUACCGAGGAAGAAUUGGGAGGUUCCUCUCACUGGGGUAGAAUAACCAGCUAUAGUGGUGGAGGAUACUAUAUAGACCUCAAGCUGACCCGAGAGGAGACUGCUGAAGCUUUGCAACUCUUAAAGGAGAACUUGUGGCUGGACCGAGGGACCCGAGUAGCCUUCAUUGAUUUCUCAGUAUAUAAUGCAAACAUCAACCUCUUCUGUGUGCUGAGGUUGGUGGUUGAAUUCCCAGCCACUGGUGGUGCCAUCCCCUCCUGGCAAAUCCGUACAGUCAAGCUUAUCCGAUAUGUCAGCACUUGGGACUUCUUCAUUGUCGCCUGUGAGAUUGUCUUCUGCAUCUUCAUCUUUUACUAUGUAGUGGAAGAAAUUCUAGAACUGCGGAUCCACAAGCUCCAGUAUUUCACCAGUAUAUGGAACAUCCUGGAUGUGGUGGUCAUACUGCUUUCCAUUGUUGCCAUUGGGUUCCAUAUCUUUCGCACCAUUGAGGUGAACCGGCUGAUGGGAGAGCUGCUGAAGCACCCUGACAUCUAUGCAGACUUUGAGUUCCUGGCUUUUUGGCAGACCCAGUACAACAACAUGAAUGCGGUCAACUUAUUCUUCGCCUGGAUUAAGAUAUUCAAGUACAUUAGCUUUAACAAAACGAUGACCCAGCUUUCCUCCACACUGGCCCGCUGUGCCAAGGAUAUCCUGGGCUUUGCCAUCAUGUUCUUUAUUGUGUUCUUUGCCUAUGCACAGCUGGGCUACCUGCUCUUUGGGACCCAAGUGGAGAACUUUAGCACCUUUGUUAAAUGCAUCUUUACCCAGUUUCGAAUCAUUCUUGGUGACUUUGACUACAAUGCUAUUGACAAUGCCAACAGAGUCCUGGGACCCGUUUACUUUGUUACCUAUGUGUUCUUUGUUUUCUUUGUGCUGCUGAACAUGUUCCUGGCCAUCAUCAACGACACCUACUCUGAAGUCAAAGAGGAGCUCUCAAACCAGAAAAAUGAGCUGCAGAUCUCAGACAUCUUGAAACAGGGCUAUAACAAGACACUGAUGAGGCUGAAGUUGAAGAAAGAGCGUAUUUCUGAUGUGCAGAAAGCUCUACAGAAUGGGACGAAGGAACUAGAGUUUGAGGAUUUUAAGAAUAGCUUGAAAGAGCUUGGUCAUGCUGACCAUGAGAUCACAGCAGCUUUUUCCAGAUUUGACAAGGAUGGCAACCAGAUCCUUGAUGAAGAAGAGCAGAAGCGAAUGAGGCGGGACUUAGAGGAGAAAAGGGUUGCUUUGAAUACAGAGAUUGAAAACUUGGGGAAAUCCUAUGGGGGAAACAACUUGGAUGAGAACCUCACUGCUGCAGAGGCAAAGAAUAAUCACACCAACAAGUCCAACUGGGUCUCUGAGGAGGAAUUCCAAAUCCUCCUGAGACGGGUGCUGCAGCUGGAGCAGUCCAUUGGCAGCAUCGCAUCCAAGAUUGACUCUGUGGUCACUAAGCUGGAAGCUCUGGAGAGGAACAAACUGAAGAGGAAGGAUCUGGUAGGCAAGCUACUCGACAACAUUAGCAAGGAAGAAGAAUCCAGCCAAGAAGAACUGCUCCAUAGGAAUCUAGACCAGCCAGUACAGGAGGACCAAGAAGACUGGGAGACCGGGCAUAUGUUGGGGAACAACCUCAAUGGGAGCUCUUCCCGAAGUGGUAAUAGCAUCUAUACAAAUCUGCCCAGAUCAGGGCUGCCAGGCUCUCAGGUGCCUAAGAACACCCGGCCUCAAUCUAAUGUGCACUUCUAGCUGGCUAGAAUGCUCCCCCCUGGGCACAUCUACAUGAGACUUUUACUGUGGAACUGCCUAAUUAGCUCCAUAGUAAAAUGUCACUGUUUACACAUGCGGUGCUAUUAGGAUGGAGUAAGCUAAACUAAUUAACUCCGCCACAGGAUAGUACUUGUAUUUACUAGUAUUUACAAGUACUAUUCUGUGACGGAGUUCUUUACUCCACAGCAAUGCAUGUGUACACGCUGAUGGGGCUGGCUGGGGCACAAGGGUGCUUCACUGUGGGGGCUGCCUACCAGCUAGCCCCCACACUGAAGCACCCUUGUGUUCCAGCCAGCCCCACUGCAGCAUGUUGAGCCAGGCUGGAGCAGCCGGCAGGCUGACCCCAUGGGUCUUCUGCCUGCUGGGGAUGCUCUAACCUGGCUCAACAUGCUGUGGUCUUGGGCGCACAUGCAAACAGUGCACCUAGGAGCAAUAAACUCCAAUGCAAUAUGCGCUGGAAUUUAUUCCUCUGUGCUAAUUGCAUGUGUAGACGUGACUAAGUCAGUGUCAGUUGUAUCCCAUUGUUACACUAGCCAGGGAAGCUGAAGGCAGACACCACCAGAGAGACUUCUGUCACACUGGCAAUGUACAGAAUCAUGGUUUGUCUUGAUUUUGCUUGCCAAUGUAAGUGACCAGUUGUGUAAUACCAUAGAACUAGAACUUCAGAAACAAAUGCUAGAAAUCAGUGGAAAGUCUUAUUUGGAUCUAACUGGAUCUAAACAGGCUCUUCUCUCCAAAUCAGCUGAAUCAGUGUCUCCACUACAAGCUAUAAACACUCCAGAACAGUGAGAAAGUUUAGAUCCAGAAAGGACCUUUGCAGCUGCCCCC